AUGCAUGCUCUUGUUCGUCCCCAACUUGCCUAUUCUUCACCUGUUCCUCGUAAAAAGUUGUUGCCCCCAAUACAAAAAGCUCCAUCGCUGCAACACUUCACUAGGCAUUUACCGUUUGGGACUAAUGAUAUUCAAGUACUUAACUUGAAUCAUAAUAUCCAUGGUAAACACUUGCCCAAUGUUGCAAGUCGAGAUAGAGUAACAUAUCCGUCACAAGUACAAGAGAAAGAUGACUUGGAAGAGGAAGCCCCGAAGGUAAAUGUGAUACAAGAUCAAAUUGAAUAUAUUAGAGAAAUGUUGGAUACCAUAGGAGAAGGACGAACAAAUGUCUCGCCCUAUGACACAGCCUGGGUUGCUCUUGUUCCGGCUCUUAACGGAGAUGAUAUGCCCCAGUUUCCCCAUAGUCUUCGAUGGAUUGCUGAUCAUCAACUCCCUGACGGUUCAUGGGGUGACGAGCUCGUAUUCUUAGCAUAUGAUCGUCUCCUCAACACUAUAGCAUGUGUAGUUGCACUAAGAACAUGGAACGUUCAUCAUGACAAGUGUGAAAAAGGAAUAACAUUUAUCAGGGAAAACAUACAUAAACUUCAAGAUGAAAAUGAGGAUCAUAUGCCCUGCGGAUUUGAAGUUGUAGUUCCGGCGCUUCUCCAAAAAGCCCAAAACUUGGGCAUUGACAACAUUCCUUAUGAUGCUCCUGUCAUGAAGGAGAUAUAUGCAGCAAGAGACAGGAAGUUGAGAAGAACAUGGAACGUUCAUCAUGACAAGUGUGAAAAAGGAAUAACAUUUAUCAGGGAAAACAUACAUAAACUUCAAGAUGAAAAUGAGGAUCAUAUGCCCUGCGGAUUUGAAGUUGUAGUUCCGGCGCUUCUCCAAAAAGCCCAAAACUUGGGCAUUGACAACAUUCCUUAUGAUGCUCCUGUCAUGAAGGAGAUUUAUGCAGCAAGAGACAGGAAGUUGAGAAGGAUUCCAAAGGACCUUCUGCACAAUGUACCAACGUCUCUACUGUAUAGUCUGGAAGGAUUACAAGAUUUGGAAUUGGAAUGGGAAAAACUUUUGAAGUUGCAGACACCAUUAGGGUCCUUCUUAACAUCUCCAGCCUCCACUGCAUUUGCACUUAUAGAGACUAAAGAUGAAAAAUGCUUCAGAUAUUUGGACGAUAUCGUUAAGGAGUUUCAAGGAGGAGCACCUGCUGCGUACCCAUCUGAUUUGUUUGCACGACUCUGGGCCAUUGAUCGAUUAAAACGGCUAGGAAUUUCUCGUUUAUUCACUGCUCAAAUCAAGGGUUGUUUAGAUCAUGUCUACAGAUUUUGGUCCGAAGACGGAAUCUUUGGUGGAAGAUUGGCAAGAUUUUCUGAUGUUGAUGACACAUCCAUGGCGUUCAGGUUCCUAAGAUUGCACGGAUACAAUGUUACACCUGAUGUGUUGGAGCAGUUCAAGAACAAUGGCAAAUUUUCCUGUUUUCCCUAUCAAAUGAUUGAGUCACCAACCCCUAUAUACAAUCUCUACAGAGCUUCGCAGGUUCAAUUUCCAGGAGAAAAAGUUCUGGAAGAAGCAAAAGAAUUCUCUUACAAUUUUUUACAAGAAAGAUUAGCGUCUGAUAAAUUUUUAGAUAAAUGGGUCAUAUCGAAGCACCUUCCCAAUGAGAUAAGGAAAGGAUUGGAAAUGCCAUGGUAUGCCAGCCUACCUCGUGUGGAGGCUAAAUACUAUAUAGAGCAUUAUGGUGGUGAAGAUGAUGUUUGGAUUAGCAAGACAUUGUACAGGAUGCCUGAUAUUAGCAACAAUAAGUAUCUUGAGCUUGCAAAAUUGGAUUUCAAUAGAUGCCAAGCACAACAUCAAAGGGAAUGGAACAUUUUAGAAGAAUGGUAUGGAAAUUGCAAAUUGCAAGAACUGGGGAUAAGUAAAAAGGACAUUCUUCUUGCCUAUUUCUUGGCAGCUGCAAAUAUAUUUGAGCCAGAGAGGUCAAAUGUGAGACUUGCAUGGGCUAAAUCUCAAAUUAUUGUCAGACUAAUGACUUUUUAUUUCACUAGAGAAAGUAAAACUUUGGAGGAAAGGAUUGAUUUGUUAUCGAAAUUCAGAAACUUCAAGGGCAUAGGAAAAAGGAAAAGCUAUGAGACUGGACAAAGAAUACUUGAUAUUCUACUAAAAACCCUCGACCAACACUCAAAAGAGACAUUGCAGGGGCAUGACACAAAUAUCAGUCACCAACUGCAUUAUGCUUGGGAAACAUGGUUGUCGAAACUGAACAAUGAAGAUCUUGAAUACAACGACGAAGCCGAGCUCCUAGUACACACAAUAAACACUUGUGCUGGUUAUAUGGUUUCUGAGGACAUGCUGCAAAAUCCAGAAUACAAGAAGCUCUCCAAGCUCACAAAUAAAAUCUGUCAUCAGCUUCAAGAAUAUCAAAAUAACAAGGUACACGAAAUGGGAAACACAGACAAAGGACCUCACGGCAUCAAAUACAAAGAAAUUGAAACUGAUAUGCAGGCAUUAGUGCAAUUAGUACUUCAAGAAUCCAAUGAAAUUGCUUCCUAUGUCAAGCAAAUGUUUCUAAUGGUUGCAAAAACUUGUUAUUACAUGGCCUUUUUUGAUCCAGAAACCAUUGAUGUCCACAUUACAAAGGUAAUUUUUGAAAAAUGCGUGACAUAA